GAGAGAGAGAGAGAGAGAGAGAGAGAGAGAGAAUGCGGGACUCUUGGAAAAAGACGCAUCUUCACUCGGUCCAUUACCGACAUCCCGAGCAGGGUGCUGGCGAGGAUUUAACGCGUAAUUGAUGCCCGUGCUGGGAUCUCCCGCUUCUGCUCGUCAAGAAAAGGCGCUAGACUAACUGCCUCGCUUGGUUACUUUUUAACCGUGAGCAUUUAAUAAAGUGGCUGCGGGAAGCACUGGUGUCCCCUUCCAAGUUGCGCGUCGGAUUCCGAUGGCUUGGCACGUUGCUCCGCCACUGCGGGGAAAGAAAGCAGAGGCACCCGCCGGCUCCUGAGCACGUUGGAUUUAUAUAUAAAUAUAUCACGCUGGUUGAAGAGCCCAGCAAGAACAGGACUGAGUUGCAAUAGGAGUUGAACAGACAGGAGAAUAAAGGACGUAAUAAGACAUCGGCCAUCAGUUGCAAAGAGUGUCGGUCAGAAGGGAGAAAGAAUAAAUCAAACACCCACGCUGUGGGCUACAACACUUCACUAAAGACAGAUAAAGAAAGAAGAGGCAAGCCAGGUGGUGAUUCAAGAGAGAAAACACUGAGGAGAGAGGCAAGCAGAGCAGGACGGAGCCAUGCAUCGACUUGGUGCAGUGCACUCCUCGGUGCAGGCUUUCAGCCUGGUGGUCUUACUGCUGCUGCAGCUGCUGACUCAGCUGCCAGGUGCACGCUCAGCCCUCCGAUACCGGGUAGCGGAGGAGGGCCCCCCUGAUGUUAAGAUAGGCAACGUGGCCGCAGACCUGGGCCUCACAGCGGGUACGGGCAGCGGGGACGUCACGUUUGCCUUGGAAAGUGGCUCCGAGUUCUUCAAGAUCGACAACGUGACCGGUGAGCUGACUACAGGGCCGAGACGUAUCGACAGGGAGAAGAUGCCCCAAUGCCAGAUGAUAUUUGACGAGAAUGAGUGCUUCUUGGACUUUGAGGUGUCUGUGAUUGGCCCCCUACAAAGCUGGGUGGACUUGUUUGAAGGCCGUGUCGUCAUAACAGACAUCAAUGACAACACCCCUUCCUUUCCGUCACCGGUGCUCCAGCUCUCAGUGGAGGAAAAUCGCCCAAUCGGCACGCUUUACUUGCUACCCACUGCUACAGAUAGGGAUUUUGGGCGAAACGGUAUCGACCGCUACGAGCUGAUCCAAGAAGGUGCAACUGGGUCAAGUUCGGCAAGACGGGCGACGGCUGGAAAUCCCAUUGGUAGAGUAGAUGGACUUGGGGAUAGGAGGGGUAGGAGUGGAGAUAACGUGGGAGGAGCCAGGAGCACUGUGUUUGAACUCCAAGUGGCAGAUAUACCAGAUGGUGAAAAACAACCUCAACUCAUUGUCAAAGGCACGUUGGACCGCGAGUUGAAGGACUCCUAUGAACUGAUCCUACGGGUUCGAGAUGGAGGGAACCCUCCACGAUCAUCUCAAGCUCUGCUGCGGGUUUCCAUCACAGAUGUAAACGACAACAGCCCAGUGUUUGAAAGGCCCACAUAUGAGGCGGAAAUGGCAGAAAAUGCACCUCCGGGAACCCCAGUACUCCAGGUGAGGGCUUCAGACCGUGACAUUGGUGUGAACGGACAGGUGGAGUACGUCUUUGGAGCGGCCACAGAAUCGGUCAGGCGGCUGCUGCGACUGGACGAGGCAACUGGAUGGUUGAGUGUUCUUCACAGGAUCGACAGGGAAGAGGUGGCCCAGCUAAGGUUCACGGUCACGGCACGGGACAGGGGUCAGCCGCCACGCUCCGAUCGAACCACGGUCAUUUUGGCAGUCCGUGAUGAAAACGACAACGUCCCGGUUGUCGAGAUUCGAAAAAUCGGACGAAUCCCAGUACGAGACGGAGCAGCAUUGGUACCCGAGAACGUUCUGGUAGACACUCCAGUCGCUCUGGUUCAGGUUUCGGACAGAGACCAAGGAGAAAAUGGAGCCGUGACCUGUACCGUUGUCGGAGAUGUGCCAUUCACUUUGAAGCCAGCAGGUGAAACAGCUCUCCCACCCUUACCUGCAGAUGAAGCCUUUGACAGGAACAAGAAAAAAUUCUUCCUGCAUACUUCGGCCUUGCUGGACUACGAGGUCACCAAAGAGUACAGCGUCACUAUUGUGGCAGUAGAUUCCGGAAGCCCGAGUCUUUCCAGCAACAGUUCCCUGAUGGUGCGAGUUGUUGAUUACAAUGACCAUCCCCCAAUCUUUGCCCAAAGUGUAGUGGAAGUCCACUUUGCAGAAAACAACUCUCCCAACGAGAGGGUCGUCACUGUGGUGGCCGCAGAUGCAGACAGUGGCAAGAACGCAGAGAUCGCGUAUUCACUGGAUCCCGUUUCAAACGGGCCGUUUCAUAUAGAUCCGGAUAAUGGAGAUAUUCGGGCUACUGGCAUGCUGGACCGAGAGCAGCGCGACAGGUAUGAACUCAAAGUUAUUGCGAAGGACAAGGGCACCCCUCCUUUACAAGGUUCAGCCACUGUUGUUAUUCAGGUGACUGACCGCAAUGACAAUGCGCCAAAGUUUGUCCAGGAAGUUUUUACAUUCUAUGUCAAAGAAAACCUGCUUGCCAACAGUCCAGUCGGCAUGGUCACCGUGACAGAUGCCGAUGAAGGUGAGAAUGCAGAACUCACUCUUUUUGUUGAAAUGGAUGGACUGGAGGAGAAGAAGAAUGGAGAGAAAAGUAUGGGAGACGAUGGAGAGAAGGAGCAAGGGGAGAUGUUCUCCAUCGAGAACAACACGGGCACCAUCUUCUCCACGUUGUCAUUUGACCGUGAAAAGCUUUCCACCUACACCUUCCGUGUACGUGCCGUUGACGGAGGAGAGCCUCGUAAAACCGCCACAGCCACCGUGUCACUCUUUGUGACCGAUGAGAACGACAACGCCCCCUCCAUCACAUCUCCAGCCAACGAUUCCUACACGCUGCUGCCACCUGCAAGUAGUGCCCGCACAAUCGUCAGGACUGUGACAGCCAUAGACUCAGACACCGGCCCAAAUGCGGAUCUUCACUAUGCAUUAGUUGGAGGGAAUCCCUUCAGAUUGUUUGAGAUCGGCCACUCCAAUGGUGUGAUCACACUGGCAGAGCCACUGGAACGGCGCCACAAAGGUCUGCAUCGCCUGGUGGUCAGGGUCAACGACAGUGGAGCCCCCUCGCUCUGCGCCACCGCCCUGGUCCACGUCUUCAUCAACGAGAGCUUGGUCAACGCCUCUCUAGUGGACGCCCAGGUAAGCCGAAGCUUGCAGGCUCCACUGUCACUGGACAUUGCAGGAGACCCAGACAGUGAGCGUGCAUUAGGUAAACAGCGGCUCAGUGUCGCCAUCGGUGUCCUGGCGGGAGCCGCCGCUGUCAUCCUGGUCAUCCUCCUUGUAGUCACGGCAAGGCAAUGCGGCGCUCAAGGCAAGAAUGGCUACGAAGCCGGUAAGAAGGAGCCCGAAGAAGAUUUCUUCACUCCGUCAGGGGCCCAACCGCAGGUCGGCCGUGGCGGCGGAUCCGACCGAGGCCGUAAACCUCGACGGGACAAGCGCAAUGGAAGCGGUGGUGGCACCGCAGCCGGAGCUGGCAAGUCAGACAGGUCACUCUACAGCGGUAUCGUCACCGUAAACGGGCUUCGCCGCCACCCUAAUGAUGAUGAUGAGGAGGAGGAUAUUAGCAGUGCGAGUGAGCGUCUGGCAGCACGCUACUGCGCCGUGGACGGUGACCCCGGCAGUCCGAGAAUGGGCGGUGGCAGGCGGCACCAGUCAAGCCCGGAUUUGGCCAGGCACUACAAGUCCAGCUCGCCUCUUCCUGCAGUCAAUCUCCAACCUCACUCCCCUCCAGCUGAAGGGAAGAAGCAUCAGGCAGUCCAGGAGCUGCCGCCCUCCAACACCUUUGUGGGCAGCGGGGGCUGCGUGGGGAGCACCGGCUCUAGCAGCAGCAGCAGCGGGGGCAGCGGGAAUGGCGACGCCAUGUCCCUGGGAUCAGACCAAUGCUCGGAGUACGGGUGCCAGACUGGGAACAAGUACAACAAACAGGUAGAACACUUUGAGAAGUUACUCUGAGUCCUAUUUAAUUUGCUUUGACUCUGCUGCCCCUUUUGUGUUAAAAUUCAAAACCAUGCUGAAUAUUGACACUAAGCCACUUCGUUCUGUCUGGCUGUCGUGCUCUUUGUCCGCGUCAUACCGGCGGAUUGCCGUCGUCUCCUCCCUGGCUUCAUGUCUUCUUAUUUACACAUCAGCUGACAUACUCUACCGCACACCCCGCAGCUCACAUCUAAACACCGUUUUAUCUCCGCAAAAUAGCUGCCAGUGUGUGCGCAGCCACGCACACAUCAGCAUCCAAUGCCUGUGAGACAUGUGUUGGUACCCUGCUGUUUAAAUGCGUUUGCGCUCAGCGUCAUAUGUUAGCAAGAUCUAACAAAAGGGACAAUAAGUCGAACCCCCACUGAACCACAGUAUAUUGAUGGAUGUUUUUGCUUGUAUACACCCUGAGGUGUUCAGAGGAUAGGUGGCCACAGAGGGAGUGGGCAGAUAGCUGCAUCCAACAGGCUAAUCAGUCAUGUUAUAUUUCAUUCCAUCUUCUCAAUCGCUUCUUUCUCUUGACUUUAGAAUAAAUGUGUAUUCCUUGAGCGAUGCAUUUCCAAAGCAGUGCCAGGAUAUGAAAAGCGGAAGUCCGGCUGACAAAUAAAUACUGCAGUCCACCUUGGCUUUUACCCACACGCAUCGACCUCAUCUAUCAUCUUAGAUGCACUGACACAGCAUGGUCUCGCAAGUCCGAGGGGAGUGCCGCUCUGAGUGAUGCUUGAGUGACAGCUCAACCCUCUUAAAGGGCCAGCGUCUUGUUUGUGUGACUGACGGCUCGAGAUUUAUCCUCCCUGUGGUGAAAAAGUGCUGAUGUGGUCAUUAAAAGAGAACCAGAGGAGCUUCUUAGGCUAAUCAAUUCAUACACAGGACCCGCUGAUCCUGCUGAAGACACACAUUCACAAAUACACAAACACGCACACGUGAAGGAGUGCACGCAAAAUAAUGCACACACACACUUAUGAGGUUAAUCCAUUACGGAGUCAAUCCUCUUAAUCUGCCUUUCCCAGGGUAAGAAAAUGCUUACUGGGAGAGUUUUGGUCUUCAUGCUUACGUGCACUCAAAACAUGCCAGCACACAUUGAAGGACGGGCAGACCCACAAACUGACAGCGUAAUGAAUUAUUGAUUGUACGGAGUAAUUAACUCCUCCGCAGCAGCCAUGGGUAUACCAUCCGCUAUCCCAAGUCCAUCCCAAAACAUUUCACACGCAGUCGUUCCUUGUCGUGAAGACUGCGGUUGCUUGUAGGUGUCUGAAUUUAUUAACACAAACCGUUUCCACACCGAGGUUUGUGUUGUUUGGGGUGCGACUUUGUGCUCGGGUGAUGGCUUAAUUCAAGUGCAUUUUAUAUGUGAAUGCAAGUGAGAGAUAGACUCGGGGACUAAAAGGUGGCGGGGAUGUGCUAAAUGUGGCAAGCUGGGCCGCUGACAGAAUUGGGAGUAGCAGUACAGAGGGAGGGGAAGGGAAUUAUACGAAGCAGGGAGAUGAAGUAACGAGAUGGGAGGAUGAAGUUUAAAUUCCCGAGCUACUUUACUACGCCAGAAAAAGGCAGUAUAAAUGAAAAAUCAUAAUCAGAGCCACUAGGGAGCUGCAAAUAAAGAGUAAAAAUGGCUGAUUGGACAAAACAAUUGGGCAUUGUGGAUGACGGGUUGGAUUGCAUUGGGAAAAAACAGCAUGGCAAAUCUGUUCAAUCACUGGCUUUUGGUUUUUAAAUACAUCCAAA